GUCGCCCGGCGGCGGCAGUGCGGAGCGGAGCGCGGUGAGCGCGGCGGGGUCGGGGGCGGGCGGCGCCGGGACAAAGCCGGGCUCGGGGAAACCCCGAUGGAGUCUGGGGGGGUGGGGGCGAAGCGUCCUCUCGGGGAACUCCGGGCAGGUCGGCGCCUCGGGGGGCCUCGUGGCCGGAGCAUCCUCGCUCCGAUGAAGCCCCGCGGGGCGCAUCCGAGCCGGGCUACCGCUGCCCGCCGGCUGGGAACGCCGCUCCGGCUGCGGGAGGGGGAUCCCGGGCUGAGCGGCGCGGCGCCGGCCGUGGGCCGGGAGUGAGGGGUUUUCCCCUUCUCCGCUCCCUGCCUUCCCUUUGUGUGGUGCUUUUUCCCUCCCCCAUGGCUAGCUCCCAUCAGGACACUUGUUAACCACCUUCGGGUGAUGCAGGAACCACGAGAACCGCGAACUUCUCGGCUUCCAUCCCGGCGUUCGGCAUCCCCGCAUCGUAGCGCGUUAAUUUUUCUUUUCCCGGUCGGGUGGAUAGAAUGAAUAAUGGGGCGCUUGGGUCAUCGCCCCCCGACUUGGUGAGCAGCCCACAUCUGAAGGCAAUCCCCGGCUUGAUGGAGGGCCGGCUGCUGCUUGCUGCAUCUGAAUGGAAACGAAGUGAGAGUGUGGUCAUGUUUGAAAAGAUGUGGGGUUUUGUUGUUAUUGUUCUUUCCCGGCAAGUAAUGUGAAUUUCGUAGAAGCAAGAGGUGUUGGGUGUGUGUCUAUAAGUGAUUGGAGCCUGUGAAAUCUGUGGAAAAACCUGUCUAAAACGGUCUCUUCUGUGCAAAGAGUGAGGCAUCCUCCUAUCCGAUUUGUAAAUCUCAUUGAUAUCCUUUUUUGUCAUUUUAUCAGCCUGCUCGACAGCACCAGCCUGCAGGUACCAAUGCCUUUAUCCCCCUUUACAAGGGGGGCCAACUGGAUUCAGCGGAUGCUUUUGGGUCAACAUCUCUUUCCCAUUUGCUUUGUCCCCCCUGAGCUCUUACUGGCUCUCCCCCCUUUCCAUUUGGGAGCCAAGUGCCCACGCUGCAUCCAGAGAGGAUGAAAGCGUGGCUGAAGUGCAUCUGGUUCUGAGCAGUGUACAGGUGCAAAGUCAUGUGUAGGCACGGUGUUGUGCCUGCGUGGUGAGAGCAAGGCGGGAUCAGGCGGUAAGUUUUGCUUUGGUGCUGUUAGUUUGGGGAUAGAAAGCGUGCGUGCCCUCGGAGACCCUUGGAGGAAUCUUGGUUUGGUUGGUUUGCAAGCACCAGCUUGCUGGCUGGGAGCUGGUGGCCUGAGGUUGGUGAUGCAGGGAAGAACCCCAGAGCGAUGUGGGGCACUUCUGUGGCAGGGCGCUCACAGCAGCCAGCUGCAGUUCUCCUGGUCCGGUUGUGUUUUCUGAUCUCCUCCCUAAUCCACUGAGCUCUGUGGGAGUCGUCGUCUGAAGUAUCUCCAAAGUUGUUAGCUGCAGAUAGCUACCGGCUGAGCGCAAUCAGAUCUGGCCGUGCAGGGAGGGGGCACAGGAAUGCAGGAAUGUCUUGCUCCUGGGGCAUUUCCUCCUGGGGAAGGAAGAUGGGAAGGCAUCCUUGUCUGUAAGUAAUCCAAGAGCAAAGCGCUUCUCCCUUUGCAGACAAUGAAUCGUUUCAGCGAGCUGACACUGUUAUUUGUGGCUCCUGGCAGAGCGGAUGCGAGCUUUCUGCCAGGCACUUGCUGCAAUCAGUGCCAGCCCCAGCCCUGCUGCUCGUCUGGCUGGGAGAGGAGCCUUUGUGUGCAGCUGCAGGAACCACAGUGGUGCUUCUGGAUGAAGGACGGUUGUUGUCGGUCCCCUUGGUUACAGUCACCGAUUCUGGUCCCUGUAUCACUGAAGGGCAGCUAGCGGGCAUAGUGGGGAUGUGUUGGUGGUUGUGCUUGAUGGUCUUAGAAGUCUUUUUCAACCCUGAUGGUUCUGUGACUUUUAUCUCCAUGCUUCUUUCCAGAGAAGGGAUGUCACUUUGGAGUUAUGCUUAGAAGUUGAGGCUUUUUAAGUGAUUGUGUGGGCUUCAGCUAAACUGUGAAGAAAGCCUUGUAAACAAUGAGCCUUUGUGACGAAGGCAGAAUGAGUGUAACUUGGUGACCUUAAAAGCAACUGCAAAAUGAACAGCGGAGGACAGUGCAGAAGACGCAUUGGGCUCUCGCUCUGAGCCUCCAGGAUUUGAAGAUGUCUGCGUGCAGUGACUUUGUGGAACACGUGUGGAAGCCUGGCUCCUGUAAAAACUGCUUCAACCCAAAGAGUUCCCAUCGGCUGCAAACAUCCCCAGACGUGGGAGCUUGCGGCGUGCUCCCGAAUGGAGGUAGGAGCAAGCCCGAGAGCCCAGCGUUGGAAGACGAAGGCGUAAAUACCUCUGUGUUCUCCAAGCCAACCAUUGCUGUGAAGCCAACUAUGAUCAACUCAGAUGUUUCUGACACGUGGGCGGAUGUGAAUAUGAACGCAGAUCUGUCGCAGGUCGGCUGGGGAAUGGUUUCCGGUAAACACCUCCUUCUGAAGUCAGGCGACUCACAGCGGAUCUGCCUCGAUGGGUUUGGAGCCAGCGGCGUGAGAAAGCCCUUCCUGCAAAGCCCGCCGCGCGACUGCCUGUCCUGCUGCACGCCCAGCUAUUCCAUGGUGGGUCUGCGCAGCCUGGAGAGCCACGUGGAGAGAAACGUCUCCAUCCACAGCCUGGUGCUGGUGGGCGAGGUAGGCAAGCAAGAGGAAAGAGCCAAGGAGAAGUCUGCCCUGCCACAUCGGCCCCUCUGCCCUAAUGUGGGGGACAGAAGUGUUGUGAGCUCUGGCAGAAACCCUUCACCUUCGGAGGGUGACUGCGGCCUCCUCUCCUCUGGUAUCGAAGGGGAAGGGGGAGAGUACUGUUCGAUUGCAGAGUCCCACGGAGAGAGCCCAGCUCCCCGCAGCUGGAGGCAGAGGGAUGCCGUGGAGCUCCCCAGGCCGAGUGGCAGGGCGGUGAAGUUCAGUGAGGAGGAGCGCAGGGCUGUGAACGUGGCCUUCUGCAUAGCGAAAGAGCGGAGCGAUCUGCUCCCAUACACCCCGUGUGCAGAGAGUAAAAAGCUGACCCAUCAGUCCAACACUACUGCUCUCCCUGAGGGCAGCAGCAAGAUGGCUGCCUCUGCACCGUGCCGGGAGAAGGAUGACUUGCCUCUUCCCAGAGACCUGGAUGGAGGCCCCAGGCCUGAGGGGCUGAAUGCUCCCCAGCAGGCCUUGGUGGAGCCGCAGCGUGCCCGGCUCGCUGAGCCGGCCUGUGGAGAUCCCAUCUAUGCCGAGAGCACCAAGAGGAAGAAAGCCCAGCUGAAGGGAGUUGGUGGAUGUGUGGACGCAGAGAAGCUGGCUGGUGGCAAGGAGCAGGCCGAUGGCACGUGGAGGGAUGGGAGCUGGCUGCUGGGUGCUGAGAAGGAGCACCAGGACUCCACGGCCCAAGUGGCUGCAAAGAUAACGAUUAUGGCUGCACACACGGAGGAUGACCACAAGACAAUAUUCCUCAGCAGCCCUGACUCUGCUGUGGGAGUUCAGUGGCCGUGCAUCAGCCCCGCUUCCCAUCCUGAUUUUGGAACUUCAUCGCCUGCCGUUGAGCCUGGAGAGAUUUUUCAAGCAUCUGGAAGUGAAAAUGGCCCAAGGUUUCACUUGGCAGCUCCUACCAAAAACGUGGUUAUGGAGAGCCCAGCCAUCCCCCCAAAGAUGUCCAAAAACAGCCAGCAGGGCAGCGAGGGGAGCCAUGUACCCCCAGUCAGUUCCUCUGUGACGAAGCUUGGUGACACCAUUAGCCAGGAUGGAGCUGGGGCUCAGCUGCUGCCAAGGAGUUGUGCGGAUGCGAGUACCUUCAGGACAUCUCCUUCUCUGUGCACUCAUGUUAAUGGGAUUUCCAUGGAAGAGUCCAGCAGAGGCCUGGCAGGCUCGCCCUACGACAGGAGGCAGAAAUACUACACCCCUACAUGGGCCAAGGAGUGCCGGAUAGAGGAAGAGGAGGAAGAGGAAGAAGAGGAAGAGCAGGAGCUCUCAACCCACCCGUGGGCAAAGGGAGCUGAGAGUGGAAGAGCUGGUGCUGAUCUCAUAGAAGACUGCCCAGUGCUGGAGAGUCAGGCUGGGAUCAGCAAGUCAUUAUCUUUCUCCUUUGACUUCCCUAAGGAUAAGAGCAAUGGGAUGGAGUUUGCACCACCACCACCGCCACCAAAAAAGCAGUCCAGGCACGCUCCGAAAAUGAACCCAAAUAACGCUGAGUUGGAGAGGGCCAGCAACAGCUCUGCUGAGAGCCUGAGCCCACCCUUCAGGAGCGUCCAUGUCAGCUUCACAGCUGGCUCCUCCGACAGCCUCGACUCUGAUGCUCAGACUGGCAGUGAUGGCAGGCACUCGUCUGAGCCAAACCACUCACCCCCUCCAGCUGAGAGCCUGGCAUUUCCCCCUGUCCCCUUCCCUCCUGCCUCCGGUGAUGACAGUCUGUCCUCUGUCUCAAGCCGCCCGCCUCCUCUGCCUCAGAAGAAGACAGUGAGCAGGACGGUGUCCUCCCCAGAUGGCUUUUUUGGGGGACAGGGGUCUUCAGGCAGAGCAGCUGGCACUGCUUGCCCCAGACUGAACGUCAGCCAUUCUGAGAGCAACGUCUGCCUCCGUGAGGAGUCUCCUUUCCUCCACCCGGCCAGCUUCAGAGGUCACCCCAGCAUCUUCUCCUCCUCAGAAUCCCUGGAGAAAGGCUCCAAAGGAAAUGGUUACUGGGGCUCAGCCACCAGCAAGAGCACAGGGACCUGCGUCCCCAGCAGAAACCUCCAGUCCCGUUCUUCCUCGCAGCUCAGCAUGUCCAGCCAGGUAUCAUCAGGCUCCAGCCUCCAGCUCCACAACCUCCUGAGCAAUAUUGACAGCAAGGAGGGGGUGUACGCCAAGCUGGGGGCCCUCUAUGCUGAGUCCUUGCGCCGCCUGGUCGCCAAGUGUGAGGAUUGCUUCAUGCGGGAGCAGAAGAAUGAGCUGCACUUCAGUGAGAACAACUGGUCACUCUUCAAGCUGGCGUGCAACAAGCCCUGCUGUGACUCAGGGGAUGCAAUCUAUUACUGUGCCACCUGCUCCAAGGACCCUUCCACCACCUAUGCUGUGAAGAUAUGUAAAACCCAGGAGUCCAAGGUGGCUGCUUCGUACUGCAGCCCCCCAGUGCCAGUCCACUUCAACAUACAGCAGGACUGUGGGCAUUUUGUGGCCUCUGUCCCCUCCAGCAUGCUGCUGGCCUCCGAUGUGGGGAAGAGCGUGUCUGCGGAUGGCCUCCGUCCCUCCCGCACCGCCAGUGAGCACGACUGUGUGGUGGUCAUCACCCGCGAGGUGCCCAGCCAGACCACGGCCGACUUCGUGAGGGACUCGGUGACGCUGCACCAAGCCAAGCCUGAGAUGUACGAGCGUCGGGUUUGCUUCUUGCUCCUCCAGCUCUGCAAUGGCCUGGAGCAUCUCAAAGAGCACGGCAUCAUCCAUCGGGACCUGUGCCUGGAGAACCUUCUGCUCAUCCCCUGCAAGCCCCUCAUGAGCUGUGCGAAAGCCAAAGAUGACAGAAACUUGCCCCGCCUCAUCAUCAGCAAUUUUUUGAAAGCUAAACAGAAACCGGGAUCUGGAGACUCCAAACUGAAGAAGAGCCAGGCCCGGCUGGCCCCGGAGAUUGUGUCAGCUUCUCAGUACAAGAAGUUUGAUGAGUUUCAGACUGGAAUCCUCAUCUACGAGCUCCUGCACCAGCCCAACCCCUUUGAGGAGAAGGUGCACCUCAAGGAGCAGGAGUACAGCCCUGAGGACCUCCCUUCUCUGCCCAGCCUGUCCAUCUACUCCCGGGGGCUCCAGCAGCUGGCCCACCUGCUUCUGGAGGCAGAUCCCAUCAAGCGCGUGCGGAUCACCGAGGCCAAGCGGAUGCUGCAGUGCUUGCUGUGGGGGCCACGGAAGGACCUGACCGAACAGCCCCUCAGCCACGAGGAAGCCCUCCACCAGGUGCUUCAGAACUGGGUGGACAUGAAGCGUGCCCUGCUGAUGAUGAAGUUUGCGGAGAGGGCUGUGGACACGGAGCGGGGCGUGGAACUGGAGGACUGGCUGUGCUGCCAGUACUUGGCCUCCGCUGAGCCUGUCUCCCUCUCACACACGUUAAAACUGCUGCAGCUGCUCUGACCUUGGACGUGUCUCUGAGGCGGCUGAGGGCUCCUGAUUGCCUUGCAGUGGAAGGUACACGGCCCCAUUAAAAUGUGAGAGGCUUGAAUCUCAGCUGUGAACACGUGUUCAUCUCCUGUCCUGAGCUCUGAUCAAUGUAAGACAUGGUUAGUACCCUGAGCACUAAUUUGCGAGCAGGCAAAACUGGGAGCCUACUCCUCUAAAGGAGGAUUUUUUUUUUUUGUAUGGUAAGUCUGUGGACUAAUAAACUCCUGCCUGUGUGUGCUUGUUUCUCAUGAA